ACAUUGCGGCGCUCCUUUUGCAGGACCCAAUUCUGGGAAGACCAUUUUCUUAAUUGUCUGUACGAUUUCUGUAAUGAGUGGCAGAUAUUUAAGAGAAGAAAUGACAACGACAACUGAGGACAGAAGCAACCGAGAGCGACUGGGACUGAGCUUCACCAUCGACUACCUUCUGUUCAACAAAGGAGUCAAAGGAGUCUCGGCAACGCAGGAGCAGACUGCGAACAAUGUGGUCGCCAUACAGGAGAAGUCGAUACAGAGGUCAGCAGAGAUCGGAGAAAGGAAAGUUUUAGGACAGGAGGGGGAUGAAGAGCAACAAGAGGAGGGGGAGGAGGAGGUGACCACCACUCCCAACACCACCACAACCAUAUCUUACAGCAGCGACUUGGACAAGUCCGAGGACAAACCCAACCAAUCUUACAUUGCGCUCAUCUCGAAGGCCAUCCUGGCGUCUGAGCAGAAGAAGCUGCUUCUAUGUGACAUCUACCAGUGGAUCAUGGACCACUUCCCUUACUUCAAGAGCAAGGAUAAAAACUGGAGGAACAGCGUCCGACACAACUUGUCCCUGAACGACUGCUUCAUCAAAGCAGGCCGCAGCGACAACGGGAAAGGCCACUUCUGGGCCAUCCACCCAUCAAACUACCAGGACUUUUCCAACGGGGACUAUCACUGCCGGAGGACCAGGCGGAGGGUCCGCAGGGUGGCAGGACAGCUCCAGCUCUCACCUCUCAACUCACCCUAUCACCUCUCCCUUCAACACAGGACGACCUGCUGGUGCUGUUCACAGGUCCACACGCUCCCGCUGUCCUGUUUGACCCCCAGACUCUACUGGCCUUGGUCACGUGUGCAAGGGCUUGUUGGCUUUCACCCUAGCCUGCAUGUCGCUGCACCUUAAUGGCCAACUACUACAUUGAUGAGCAGUUUGGCAGUGACUCACCAUCCAGUCAUUUUAGAUAAUUAAUAUUUGUCUGUGAGUUUGUCAUGUAUUUGUUUGUGUAAUCUAACUCUUCAGCAGACAAAAAGGUCAAAUCCAUGUGUCGGUUUGGCUUGAAAUUGCUCACACAGAUCAACGACCCAAAAACCACUGUAACGUUUGGGCGUUUAGUUGAAUAAUCGCAAAUAUUCGCCCAUUGGUCGUGACCAUUUGUCUAAUGAUUAUAAAAAUUAGAGUAUGUCUGGAUUACAUGUAUUCUAACAUGUCUUUCAUAGCAUUUUAAACCCAACCAAUAUGGAUGGCCACAAAUGUCAUUAACAGUCACGUAAUCACCCCUCUUUCACGUUGAUAUUUGUCACCUUUUGUUUAAAUAUGCAAAAACCAAUUCAAUAUACAGCUGUUCCAGUGAUAAACAGAAGUAUUUCACCAUUACACACAGAAGAGUCCACCCUCCAGAAUCAUCAAUAAUGGUGCUGCCCAUCUGUCCAUUGUCCUCCAUAAACCAGGAAGCCUCACUAACACAAGACUAGACUCAUGAUAGACUUUUGCACAGUCCUAUUAACCUCAAAGACCAAAGUUAAGAAGUUAUUCUAUGAAGCUAAUUGCACUUGUCUCAUUUGUACUGAUUGUUUUGUGGUAGA